GCUCAUGUGGUAGCAGCUUUUGAACAAAGUUUAUCGUCAAUGACCCAAAGACUGCAAAAUCUCACCGCAACUGCAGAAAAAAAGGAUUCCGAAUUGUCCGAAUUGAAAGCAGCAAUGGAGUCGCUACGAGCACAAUCCUCACAAGUGGGUAUUGGACUUGGAUUAGCGCGACAACCAUCAUCGGACAGUGUGUCUAGUCUUUCAUCUGCAUGUAGCUUAGAGAAGCACGAGAAGAAGAAGAAGAAAGGAUGGAGCACACGAGGCUUAAAGUUACGGAGUUCCUUUACAAAGGCAUUCUCACGGAACGCCAAAGUAACAAAAGUACAAACACAACAAACCGAAUCGGAGAACGAAAGACAGCCAUCGCCGCCGCCACCCGCUCCGAUCGAUUCGGGAGCGGAAGUUGCUGAAUUACAGAAACAGUUGCGUGAGAAGGAUCUAGUUUUAACCGAUAUCCGAUUGGAAGCUCUGAGUUCUGCACAUCAAUUGGAAAGCUUAAAAGAUACUGUGAUGAAAAUGAGGAGUGAAAUGUUAAACUUAAAACAAAAUAACGAACGACUUCAAAGGCUUGUGGGUGGGAGUACGACGGUUCCGCCUGACGUGGUUAAUAGUGGUACGAUGGAUCCGAUUAAUGAUCUGAUUGCUAUAGAGGAACCGCCACCAGAAGUCGAACCCGAUGGAAAGCGAAUUGUACUGACGGUGUAUUUGGGCCAACCCCAUUGCUUUGAGAAAUACUACGUGGAGCACUAUGGUAGCGAUGGGAACGGAAUAAAUGCGACAGGGGAAAUUGCAAUCGCCCACACCAGUGUCGGCGCGGCCACUUCGUGGUCUCAAUUAGACAAUGCAGUGCGAAGAGCAUUCAAACAGCACGUCGCCAGAUUAGAUCCUGGAGGCGGGUUGGGUUUAGGGGGAGAUUCGAUCGCGUGCUACAAGCUCGGGGAAUCAGAAAGAAGAUUUGAUUCUACUUCCCAACCUCCCCACUUGUUACCAUUCGGAUACGUGAUUGGAUGUGUAACGUCCCUGCAUAUUGUCUUGCAACCCGUUGCGGCAUUAGCAUUUGAAGCUUUAAUUCCCAAAGGGGUCGCUCAAAGGUUUGUGUCUUUACUAUCCGAACAUCGUAGAUUAGUUUUGUGUGGAGCGCCAGGAACAGGCAAGACGCACUUAGCGACACGUCUCGCCGAAUUUCACGCACAAUCGUUGGGACGUGAUCCUGCCGAAGCUGUAGCAACUUUCAACUGUGAUAACAAAUCGGGUAAGGAAUUACGACAAUACCUAAAUCACUUGGGUGAACAAGCAGCAACAGGUGACAAUAAUGUACUACCGUGCGUGGUAGUUCUUGAUAAUCUGCAUAAAGCGGGCCCUUUAGCUGAUGCUCUUGGAUCCCUUCCACGAAAUUUACCUUGUUUACUGGGGACCAUGGCACAAUCCGCUUGUUCGGCCACAAGUCUGCAACUUCAGCACGGAUUUCGGUGGGUCUUGGUUGCACCUCAUAUGGAACCCGCUCGCGGAUUAUUAGGACGGGUCCUAAGAAGGCGCCUUGCAAGUUUAGAAUUGGAACAAGGCCUACAACCCGAACUAGCGGCCGUGCUGGGAUGGUUACCUCGCGUCUGGCAACAUUUAAAUGCUUUCCUGGAGACUCACAGCUCGGGUGACGUCGCAAUUGGUCCUCGAUUGUUUUUGGGUUGCCCCCUCGAAUUGGACGCCGCGAGAGCUUGGUUUGCUGACGUCUGGAAUUAUUCCAUCGCGCCUUACUUGCGGGAGGCGGCUAGGGAGGGGUUACAACUUUAUGGUAGACGAGCGCCGUGGACGGAUCCCUGUCAGUUUAUUUUAGAAACAUAUCCGUGGCCAGGAGCACCUCCGCAGGGCCUGACGAGUAUUACGGCUCGCGACAUUGGGAUUGACACUGGCCCCAGUUCGCAAGCUGACAAUGAUGGCGACCCUUUACUCAACAUGCUAAUGCGUUUACAGGAAGCUGCAAACUAUUCCAGUCCGCAUUCCAAUGAUUCGGAUUGUAAUAGUUUAGACUCGACAAUGACUCACGAUGGAAACAUUGGAACGGAAAGUGUUUCCUAAUACCUACUAAAACCACCUGCACAGCUUACAUAUAAAUGAAAAUUUCAUUUAAAAUGUAUUGCCUGUGACGUAGAACAUCAUAAAGUGAAGAAAAGGUCUAAUUCUGACAGAAACUACAAUAAAAAAAGGAAUGCCGAUUAUGUCACUUCUCAUUCCAGUGGAUCUGCUAUUGGUGUAAAUAACGCAUACCCUCUUACAUGUUGAAAAGGGCAUUGGCGUUAUAAUUUAUAAUGAUGCAUAUUGUAAAUUAGUGACAAGAAUAUUGUAGGGAGUAUAAUUUUCUACUCAUUAUUGCCUAUAUAAUCGGCUCUAUUUUUGUUAAGUGAUUUAGCUAAAUGCCAAAAAAGUGUACUUGUAUUUCUACAUAAAAAUCAAACAAUAAAGAUUAUUCUUAAUUUAAUCUUUACAAAGAAAAGGCACUGCGAGGACUUCUUUAAUUCACAAAUCAGUUUCUGAAGCAUUCAACUGUGAAUGUAUUUUAGAAUUUACUUCAUAAGAGUAUCUACAUGAAAUGCUUGAUGUAUCGGCAUUCUUAUGUAAUCUCUUAGUUUAUCUGUGUUUUAAUGAGUAUAUCUGGUCAAAUUAUAAUUUUACUUGUAAAUAAUGAAUGUUAUUAAUAUUAUACAUUUAUACGAGAUUUUUAUUGUAUUUAUAAUAUGUAAAGUGUUUUGCAUAAUUUUUAUAUCAAAAUCUGUAAAC